CCGACCCCCACUGCGUUCACCUCGGCCCUCUGUUUAUCUGCGUCUUUUUCCACCUUCGACCCGCCCGGCCGCGACUCUAAUCCGUUUUAACGUCUCAGGCGGGUUUUCCUCGAGUUUUCCGACAUUUCCGCCCUCCGGCCGGCCCCGAGGUGGCCCAGGACAGCGCCGAGACCCCGGCCGGAUUUGAACGUUGGCGGCCCAGAUUUCCGUCGGGCCGAGCAGCUGCUCGCGUUGUACUUAUGGCCGUCGGCAAAGCUUUUUGAAAGCUUGUUCGGUCGCCUCGUCGGCCUUUGCGUUGGAACGACUCGCCGAAUCGGACUCCCGAGGUUUUUCACUUCGUCCAAAGGAAGCAGAGAUCGGUAAAAGGCCGCCGGAGGCCCUCGUCGUGACGUUAUGCCGUUGUAGCCGUCCACGUCCGGGAAAUCGUUAUCCGAGAGGCGACAAGUGUGCACGACAGAAGGACGGGUCGGUUCGACAAUGUCGGCUUCCCGACUCGGAAAUAUGUAGUUUCUCCCUGGGUUCGCAUCGCUUUCGGGCGUCUUCACGGGGAAAAACGUUCUUUUAAUCAUCAGAGUGGGAAAACCAGAUGAUGUCGAAAGUUCAACGUGUUCACAAACUGGAGGACAAUGAUGAAAUAAUUUUUCAUUCUACGCCUGAUAUGAACAAUGCCAAAUUCGCUUCUCCAUCAUGCAAGGACGAAUUGGAUGGAGAAACAAUAGUAACAUCUCCAUUUCAUUUAUUGGAUCACAGAUACGGUCGAACACCUCAGAAUCAGAAUCAGAGGGAGCCAACGAAUUUGAGUAAAACUCAGGCGGUUAAGAGAAGACUAAACCUAGAGUCGCCUUCAGGUGACGAGGAAUCUGGUUUUAAGACUCCUAAACCAAAAAAGAAAAGUAACACUGUUGCAAAAUCAAUACGAGGCCAAAUGAAGACGCCUACAAGGUACGACACGUCGCUGGGCUUGCUGACGAAAAAGUUCGUCGAGCUCCUUCAAAAGUCACCAAGGGGCAUUGUCGACCUCAAUUACGCUUCAGUUUCUUUGGAUGUUCAAAAAAGAAGGAUAUACGAUAUAACUAAUGUCUUAGAAGGUGUCGGAAUAUUAGAAAAACGUUCAAAAAACAAUAUUCAGUGGAGAGGAGGCACGUACACAGAGUCUCAAAACGAUGUGCAAAAUGAAAUAGAAAAGUUGGAAAAGGAAGAAAAACAGUUAGAUGAAUUAAUUAAGAGAGCUGAGGAAGACAUGAAAACGCUCAUGAAGGAGACCCGAUAUGCUUAUGUCAGUUACCAGGAUAUUCGGAGCAUAAAGGCUUAUGCAAACCAAACAGUUAUGGUUAUUAAGGCUCCAGCAAACGCCUGCAUAGAAGUCCCACUACCUACUGAGAAAUCAAGAGUUGAAAUGCUCAUAAAGACAGACAAAGGGGAGAUUGAAGUGUUUCUGUGUCCUGAUAUCAAAGCAAGUAAAGAGGACAAACCAAUUACUACUUCCGCCUCUCCUUCAACCUCAAAAGAGUCUCCACCUUCGGUCAGUGAUAAUGUUAAGUUAUCCGAAUCCCAAAAGCAGAUUCAAAUAAAAAGUGAACCGACGAGUCAAAUCCAGAAGGCUUUGAUAUCUGCUGCAGACGACUUCCAGGAACCAUACCAGCUCCAGACGGAAGACCAACACAGUUCCGAAGCCGAUCCUGACAGUUGUUUUUGUGACGAACCUUUCGUAAGUCUGGAGCCACCGAUUUCAGACAACGAUUACCUCUACAGUUUAGAUCAGGAUGAGGGUCUUAUGGAUUUGUUCGACUUAUAUUUCUGAACACUUAAAAAAAAAAAAAUAUAUAUAUAUAAUUCAUAUAUAUAGUACAAAUUAUUAUCUGGACAGAUGCGGUUUUUUUAAAUACUUAAUAUUACCCUUAUUAAUCAUCAUUAAAAACUAUUAAAAAAAAGAAAGGAUAAGAACUGCAUAGAAUGAAAAAAGACGUGAAGUUAUGUGAUUAUCGUUUUAACCUUAAUAAACAAAAAAGAAUGGCAAAGUUUUAAUAUAGUCACUGGUCUAAGUACGAGAAUCUGAAUGAAAGGUAGACCCUAUUUUGAUGUACUUAGAAGUGAUAACUGUAGGCAUCUUAUUCCGUUUAUACCACUCUGUGCCUGUUUGUUACAUGUAGCAAUUAAGGAUAACAAUCUUACUUUUAUUCAUAAAAAUAAAUACUAAAAAACGGAAAAAAUUAUAUAUAUAUAUAGAAAAGACGAUUUGUAAAUAGCGUUUUAUUUCUUGAUAUUUAAUCAUAUCUUGUAAGUGCGAAUAGUUUUAUAGUAAUUAACUAUUUUAUUUAAUCAUAUGAGAUGUUAAUAAGUGUGUGAAUGAAUUGGAAUGUUUGCUAUGUCAGUUGUAUGAAAGGAUUUUAAAUGUUAAUAGUCCAAUGUGUUAAUUGUAUAAUUAUAUUUGAGUAAUUUUCAUUCAACACUAAUAAUUUUUUUUCUAAAUUAAGUUACAACUGAUGUGCUAUGCUCAAUUUGAAGCAGUUAGGAAUGCACGAAUUUCACACCAAGGAAAACAGAGACUUCAAAUUUUAAAUUGGCACAUUCUUUAUAUAAUUUUUGCAAUAAUUGUGAUAUCUAAAUCAACAAUUCAAGAGUUAUUUGGAUUAUUAAUAAUUUGUUGCCAUUUAUAAGUUUAGUAAAUUUGGGCAAGCAAUAUGAGAAAACUUUUAAUUUAUUAUUUUAUUUUUAAACGCAAUGAGGCCAUUUGCAAAAUUAUUUAAGGAAAUUGAAAAAAGUAUAUUUUUAUUAUAUAUUUAAGUGUGAAACUAUUAUAAAUAAUGGUCAGUAAUUUUUAUUUGUAUUCAAAUCUUUUUCUUCUCUAAAUUGUGGUUGUACACUGAUAUUUGUCAUAACUUUUAAAUCUUUGUACAAUUUUAUACAUUAUUGGUUAAUUUUGACUUAUUUCAUUUCAAUUAUUUUUUGUUGUGGUAAAUGUUAAAAAAAGAUGAAUGAUAAUAUCUCAAAUAAUAAUUUCAGCGAUGAUCCUGAAAACAGGGAAUUAGUACAAAACCUGUAUAUAUGAUUCCUUAGUUCUUAAUUUCUCAUUUUCAUUGUUGAUGGUGCCACAAUGGCCCCGUUGGGAUAUGUUAUUUGAUUCAAUUUCUAAAAUAUAAUGUUUUUAUUUUGUA